UUCUCUUUCUUCUCCUCUUGAAAUGAAAUCACUACCUAUACUGAAGUCAGAUUUUGUUGAAUUAUCUCCUUAUUUAAGAGUUUAAGGAAUUAUGUGAUCAAGAAGUACGAACUGGCACCUGAAACUUUCGAGGAAAAGUUUGAGUUUUUUGAGAGCUUAAGAAAUGUGAGUUGCUAUUAUUAGGAAACUUUCAAGGAGGGGUACUCCUUAGAGCAAGUUCUCGAAAGGUCUAUGAAGUACAGUGGACAGCUUUUAUAUGCUACUACAAAGUUUUUAAAUUGUGAAGUAGAGAGUCUUUGGUAUACUGACUCGGCCUUUCCUAAGCUGGCGGUGGAUGUGUUUACCGAAGAACCUGUUAUGCUUCUAUUCAGGAUAGGAGCCAUUUUUUCUUCUCUAGGAGUGCAAGUGGAUCGAACUGCGGCUGAAGGUCCUAAAAGAGCUUGCGCAUUUUUUCAAAAGGCUGCUGGCGCCUAUGAGUAUGCUUCAAGGUUGCUCAACGCUUCCAAGCUUGCGAAGCACUCUAUCCUAUUAGCCGCCGCCCACCGAUUAAAGUUGCUCUGUUUGGCUCAAGCUCAAGAGUGUUUCUUUGAGCGCUCGCUGUCUGCGGGGAUAAGACCGUCCAUUGUGUCCAAGCUUUCUUAUCAGUGCUCAAAGUACUACUCUGAGGCUGCCGCAACGGCACCUGGGCCAUCCCUAUUAGUCACAGAAGAACAUCUGAAGCUUAUUAAAGUGAAGGAAGAGUUGUUUUAUAUAAUAGCGCUGUACUACGCUGGACAGAAGUUAAAGGGGGAGGGCGAGUACGGGUUCUCUGUGGCACAUCUCAAGUGGGCGGCAGAAAAGGCCAAAACCCUCAAAAGGGGACUGGACAGCUCCAAAAGCCACCCUCUCAUCGCUGGCGUGGUCGCCGCACUUGUGAAGGAGCUGGCUGAAAAAUUUGAGAGGGCUUUCGAAGAUAACAAUACAAUCUACCAUGAAACCGUCGUCUCGUCGCUCCCGCCGUUGGAGUCGUUUUCCCUUGCGAAAGUUACUGAGUAUCCAUGGGGGUACAAUAUGGAUGUGCUUGUAGACAAAACACUGUUCUCUGGCCUUGUUUCAUUGGACAUCACUCUGUCCCUCUCCGCCUACAGCGAGGAGAAGGCCAAACUUCUUAGACAAGUUUCCGAUGACUUUCAAACGGCCUCAGCUGAGCUGGAGCGCCGUCUGGCAGAUAUAAACGUGUCCAGAGCGCUGGAAAGUGAACUUUCUUUUAGCGGAUAUUUCUUUAAAAAAAGGCAGGCGUGCUUCGCCGUUUCUACACGCGAGUAUGCACGCCGGCUAAUGGCGGUUGAUAACUGUUCCCUGGAACUUUUGGAGAUAGUCAAGAAACUUAAAGCGGUCUCUCCAAAGGAUCUCGACGCCUUUGCAGUGGCGAAUGAGCAAUUUAUAAGAGAAAGAAACGGAAUUACUCAGGCUGUUCAUGCUGCUCUCAAAUCCAACGUGGCUCUACGGAAAGAGUUUUGUUCUGUGCGGGAGAGCAUUGAAAAGCUGUGCCAGCCGUCUUUUCCAGAAAACCUUCCCUCUUUGCCCUCUACCGCACUUGAGGCUUCCCAGCAGGUCCGCGUGCAGUUGCAGGGCCUAAUGAAACGCAUCGAGAAGAUGUUGCUCCACAGAAGUGAUAUUGAAGUGGAAUUAAGGAAGAUGAUUACCGAAGAUGACAUAACCACCCGCCUUUCUGAAAUGGAGGCGAAUCCCCACGUGGAGGGCCAUACAAGAAAGGCAAUGCAAGAAGAGAUCAUUACUAGCGAACUCGAGAAGUACAACGAUAUAUUAGAGACGGCCAGGCUCAAUCUUUCUGCUCAGCAGCCCCUUUUGAAGGCAGUUUCGGACGCCGCCGCAGCAGUUUUCAUGAACGUUGGCGGAGGCGCGCUUGGGGACUUGGUAAGAAGGCUGAACGUGGACAGCGAGAAGUAUAUCCAGCUCAUCGACCUGCUGAGUGAGAGCGAAUCCUUUUGGUCGGAAGCUAAACUUGAAGCUACUCGACUUUGGGACAUGUGUUUAUUACAGAAAGCCGAGAGUGCAAAGUGCAGCCCUAAAAAGAAAAGACUGCCGCCGCCCGUCCCUGCAGAACCUCGACAAUAUCAACCAGCACCGUCUUUUAGCUUACAAAAAUCGCCGCCAUUGAAGAAGUCUGAGGCGCUGACUUUAAACGAAGGAGCUUUGCCCAUUGUUCCUUUUGCUAACCUCGAGGUGGUUAUCCCGGAGUCCAUCGGGCCCAGCAGCGGAGAAGACGUUUACAGUAACGGUGCCCAACGCCGACUGUUAACGCGCUUGCAGCGGUAUCAACGGCAAAUACCAGAAGAAGGUCCUGUGAGCAAUGCAGGGCCUGCAGGACCAGUAAGGAGCAGUCAUCAGAACCUCCUUGAGCUAGUUGAGGUACCUGCUAGGCCCAGCUCUCGUACGAAACCUACGACUCGGAGAAGCCCGGGGGCGCCCCCACUGCCUCCCAAGCCAGCAGGGGGACAACAGCCGCCGAGCCACAUGUAGAAUCGAGAAGCGCAAUUUUUAAAAAGUUUUUUUGGAAAAAGUCACCAUUUUUGCUUAACUAACACGCUAAUAAAUGAUCAAAAGACAACGGAA